AUGCUCACAUUCAACAUUGACGACGGUUUCCUUGAAGGUGUUAUUCAAGGCUGUAGAGACGGUAUUCUCAGACAAUCAGACUAUAACAACUUGGUUCAAUGCGAUAGUUUGGAAGAUAUUAAACUCCACUUGUCGGGUACUGACUAUGGUAGUUUCCUUCAAAAUGAAGCCGGUCUUACUGCUACUAUUAUUGUUGAAAAGGCCACCGAAAAGCUUGUUAGAGAAUUCAAUGAAUUCCGUUUCCAAGCUGUUCCUCCACUUUCUCAAUUCUUGGAUUAUAUUAUUUAUGAUUAUAUGAUUCUCAACGUUUUAAAGUUAGUUUCUGCUGUUAGAAACGGAAAGGGUGCUUUGGAUAUUUUGUACAAGUGUCAUCCUUUGGGAAUGUUCGAAUCUCUUGGUGCUAUCACUGCUGCUACAUCAAUUGAAGAUAUGUACGAAUUGGUUUUGAUCGAUAGUCCAAUUGGUAAAUUCUUCUCAAAGACUGAAACACGUGACUUUGAUGAAUAUUCUACUGACUAUUUGCGUGGAUUACUUCAAAAGAAUUAUUUGGAAUCUUUCUAUGACUUUUGUCAAUCAAUUGGUGGAACCACUGCUGAAGUUAUGUGUCCACUUUUGGAAUUUGAAGCAGAUCGUGCUGUUUUAACAAUUACUAGACAAUCAUAUGCUGUUAGAGAAGAAUCUGCUAACAAAUUGCCAAAGGAUGAAAGAAAGAAGUUGUAUCCAAACUUUGGAGAACUCUAUGAUGUUCAAGACAAAUUGGCUGAAGUUGAUGAUGACUCAGCAAUGCUCGAAAUUCUGAAACCAUAUCCAUAUUUCUAUGAAACUUUGCAAAGUGUUACAAAACAAACUAGCUUGGAAUCUCUCUUGAAGAAGAGAGCUGUUGAAUUGAACAAGUCCUCAUUCGAACAACAAUUCCAUUAUGCCUCUUUCUAUUCAUUUGUUAAAUUGAGAGAACAAGAAAUUAAUAACUUAUUGUGGAUUUGUGAAUGUAUCUCACAAAACAUGAAGAGCCGUAUUAAUGACUAUGUUCCAAUUUAUGAAUAAAUAUUUUGAUCUUAUUUAUU